AGGCUUGUCGAGUCGGCUGACUGCUCAGAUCUUCUUACAAUUAUGAACAACCUGCACCCUUUAUUAAUUACGCUUUCAUCAGUAUUGUUGGCUUGCUCUAAACAAUCAGCAGUUCUUGCACAAGAUGAUCACGAUGGGAUCGAUUCUUACAUAGCAGAAAGCGAUAAACUGCAUCUCAUCAAGAGAGACGUCAAACACGGAAAACCGGGUAAGCGCAUCAGCAGCAGCCUCCCGCUGCCGUAUAUUUCAUCCGUGCGGCAACCGAUCCCCGACGAUGAUUGUACCGAUAUCGAUAACGAAGAUGACAGCGAUAUCGUUCCGUCCUUCAAAAAAGCGACGGCUCCUUGCCAGGUCAAACCCACUCCGCCGUUAGCGACACGACGAAUAUUCGUUACACCCGGAAAAUGGCCUGUGACGCAACGGCCACCGCCCCGAGUUACCGAGCCGGACGACGAACCAGACGAGCCAUCGACUAGGAGAAGAACUUCAGCGACAACGCCUGAUGCACCUGACGAUGAGACAACUCCACGACGAACCACGACAACGACGAGAAGAACGACGCCGACGGCAACGGAAGAAACAACGGAAGAGCCCACAACAACACCGACCACGACGACCACUAGAAAAACGACAACUACGCCAACUACUAUCGAAGAACCGGAAACGACUACUACGCCGAAACGUAGGCGGUCGAGAAAACGGAGAGCAACAACGCCCACAACCACAACGACGACCUCGAGUCCGGAUUAUUGCGACGACGACGACUGUGAAGAUGAGCCGACCACAGUGACAACCACCACCAGACGGCGUUCCCGGAAAACCCGAAGGCGAACCACUCUGGAGACUACCACGCGGGAAGAAGAGACGACCGAAGCUCCACCACCUGUUCCACGAGGAGCCAUCGACCCCUCGCGUACGCAACGAUGUCCCAGCAACAAACUAGUGAAAAUUCACAAUCGGCAGUGGUUUACGCAGUCCUCCAUCACCACAGACGAGGAGGGCACAAAGACCUUUAUGAAGACCUCCAUGAUCUACUCCAAAGUGUGGUCUAUGCCGAGUCGCGGGGAAACAAAAGACUAUUUAGCAUCGACCAUCGUACAUCGACAGUUCGCUGGAGAUGUCCAGGCAGUGGCUACUCUGACGUUGCUACCAUCGACACGAAUAUUUCAAACUGAAUACAAAGUCCAGAGCAUCUUCAAUGGAGAAGUGUAUCGAACCAAAGCGGAGACAAGAUACGUGGAAUGUGUAGAUUUUACGGACUCGCCAAAUUAUCGUAAAGUCUGAGACAGCGACAGAUUUUUGUUCGCAAAGUCUGAAUCUGAUUCGGCUAGAAAGUUUAGCAAAUUCCGGAAAAUAAAAAAACCCACACAAGUUCCGGUGUUGCUU